AUGAGCGGCGGGCCCCGGGCGGAGCGUGCGGAGCGGGCGGAGGCCGGGCCCCUGCUGCGGGCGGGGGCUCGGCUGCGGGCCCUGGAGGCGGAGCGCGCCUUGCUGCUGCGGGCCCGCGCCCGCCCCCGGACCCCCGCCGCCCCGGCCCGGGGCUGGCGGCUGGUGGCGACGGAGCGGGGGCGGCGGGCGGCCGGGCGGCUGUGGUUGGCGCUGCGGGGGUCGGGGUCGGGGCCGGGGUCGGGGCCGGGGCCGGGCGACACGCUGCGCGCCCUGUGCGCCCAAGAGCGGGCGGCGCCGGGCCGGUGGCCCGAGGGGCUCCCGGGGGCGGCCCGCCCGGCGUCGGGCCCGUACCGGACGCUGCUGUGGUCCGCCUGCACCCGCCGCCUCCGCCGCCUCCUGGGACCCUGGAGGGACCCCGAGGAGGCCGCCGGGCAGCUGAGCGGCGCCGUCCAGAGAGCCCCGCUGCCCCCGGAAGGCCAAGCGGCGUUGGAGGGCCUGGUCCGUCGCCUGCGCCGCGGGAGCCAGAGCCGCGCCUGGGACCGAGGUGGCGCGGGACCCGGGCCCGACCGCCUCCCCCCCUCCGCUCGCCCCCCCGCAGGGUUCUGCCGGGUCCUGGGGGUCCUCCCGAGGGGACCCCGGCGCCCGGCCGCGGGGCUCCUGCUGCAGCUCUGCGCCCCGCUGCGCUCGGCGCUGGCGGACCGGGCCGCCCCGGGCCGCCCGCGGACCCUCGCCCGACUGCGCUCCACCCUCCAGACGGCCGCCCGCUGGCUCCUGGGGCAGACCCAGCGACACGUCAGCGGCUGGGCCCCGGGCCCCCUCCUGCGGCUGGCCCACCGGGACCUGCCCCUCCUCCUGGCCGAGGCGGAAGCCGUGGCGGCCCUCCUGCGGGGGACGCCCGGCCCAGACCCCGAGGGUCGGCUGACCCGGGACAUCCGGACCCUGGUGGGGCGCCUACAGGUCCUCCCGGAAGAGUGGCCGGGCCUCUUCUCCCGCGAGUGCGGCCGGCGGGCAGCCGAGGCCCUACGGGCCCACGUCCCGCGGGGUCCCUCCUGGAGCCUGCGCCUAGGGCCGCCCCGCGGAGCGGGCGAGAGCGUGGACCGGGCGGCCCGGGAGGUCCUGGGCCCGGUCCUGCGGGGGCUCCGCCACCUGCCCGCCCCCGCCCAGAGCGCCCCUUUCAAGCUGGCCCUGACCGCCUUCCUGGGGGCCUGGCUGGACCACGUCCGGAGUCCCCUCAGCGUGCGGCUCAGGCGGGACAUCGGGGCCCUGCGGGGGCUCCUGGAGCGGAGCGGGGACCUCCCCCCGGAGCUGGGCCGGGCCCUGCCGGCCCUCGGCCUCCUGCGGGGCCUGGAGGGGGCUCCCGGCCUCGGGCCCGCCCCGCCGUCGCCGUCGCCCCCGCCGCCGGCCGCCGCCCCCGACGACCCCCAGGGAGAGCCGCCCUGCUGCUGUGCCUGGAUCGGGGCGCGGCCUCCCGGCGCGUCUCAUCGCGGGCUCCGCACGCCGUCCUCUCCCCGGACGCCGAGGGGCGAGGCCCGGGGACGGACCGGCCCGGGGGCCUACGCCCCGGGGGACCGGCGGCCCGACCGCCACCCGGACCCCGCCCCGCCCCCGCGCCCGGCCGCGCUUCAGAACCGCCUCGCGCUCCGCAGCGAUGACGCCGGCGACGACGACGGGCGCGGGAUCGGUGCGGUCCAUCCAGCGGCGCCGUCGAUGGCGCGCCUGCCGCGGGUGGGAGACGAGGAAAGGGGGCGCUUAGUCGGGGAAGGCCCCCGGGAGGAGGCGGGCUCCGACGAGGCAGGGCACGGUCCCGGGCGCUCGGCACCGGACGGCCGAACGGAGUCGCUAGACACCUUCCCCGCCCGCCGGGAGUCGAGGAGACAAGUCGGUACGGGACGGAGGCUCGAGGUCUCCGUCCCGAAACUCGAAAUACGGUAACGACGAAAAUCACGGCGUCGGUUCGGUGCCUCCCGGGUGCCGGGCGCCGUGCCGAGCGCCGGGGCGGAGGCGGGCCGAUGGGGUCGGACGCGGUCCCCGUCCCCCGUGGG